AUGGCGCCACAAGGGAUUGCCCUUCCCCUGGAAGGGGGAUGCGAUUGUGGAGAAAUCCGGUACGCCAUGGAGACGAAACCAAUGGUCGUUCAUUGCUGUCAUUGCCGAUGGUGUCAAAAAGAGACCGGAGCUUCAUUCGCACUCAAUGCCAUGAUCGAAACAGAUAGGUUGAAAAUCCUAAAGAAGGAGCCAGAAUGGAUCAUUGUGCCUAGUGAAAGCGGCGCCGGUCAAACUAUUGCUCGUUGUCCCCAGUGCCGCAUUGCUGUAUGGAGUGUUUAUCUCCACAACACAGCCUUUGUACAGCAGCGUCUUCGCAUUGUCCGUGUGGGGACUUUGGAUAAUCCAGAUGCUCUGCCCCCCGAUGUCCACAUCUGGACCGCCGAAAAGCAGCCUUGGAUUGUCCUCUCAGACCAAAUUCCCGCUUUUAGAGACAUGGAAUAUGAUGACGAGAAGGUCUGGCCCCGGGAUGGUCUAGAGAGGAGGAAGAAGCUAAAGGAGCUCGAGGAUGCCCAAUAG